UGGACCAUUCUUUUAUAAUGGCAAAGAAAGAUGGCUCAAAUGCAUUUACAUUCUUUGCCAAAACAGAGGACACAAGGGCUAAAUGGAUCGAUGCAAUAAAACUGGCAUUAGAAUGCUUCCCCUCCCAAGGGAUAAAUUAUGUGAUGCACACGUUUGAUAAGCCUACGGAAUGUAGUGUGUGUCAUAAACUUCUGAGAGGUGUGUUUUUCCAGGGUUACAAGUGUACAGACCCAGGAAGUGAUAUUGCUGUGCAUAAGGAAUGUAUUGGCAAACCUCCAAAUACAGGCAGUAGAGGUAAGAUACUAAUUUUCAUGGGGGGACUGCUGAAUGGAGAUGAGGGCUGGUUCCCUUCACAACUUGUGCAAGAGGAAAAUAAUCCAAGGGUAAGAUGUCAUGUUCUGUCGAGCUUGUAUAUGUUGAUUGGCUUGUUAUAUAUGAAUGUGAUCUACAUGUUUGUAACCAGCUCUUUAUUGUCAUCAAUCCCAAAAACCCCCUAUUUGGAUGUGAAAAUGAAGAAUGGAACGCCCAGUAUUGUUGUGGAUAGCGAUGGAAUGUCCAGUCAGCUCAAUGUCUAUAAAUGGUAUGUUUGUGGGUCCAAUGGACAGGACACUGCCAAUCGCAGACUUGGCAACAUGCCAAACGGGACAUUCUUAAUUCGAGUCAGCGAGAACCCAGGCAGGAGAGGGGAAACCCCUUUGUAUUGUAGGUAUGAUAACCAGGUUCGUCACAUCAGAGUGGAGAAGAAUGCAGAAGGCUUGUUUUAUUUAGCUGAUACUAAAUUCUUUUCUUCUCUACCUGAAUUAGUGGAGUUCUAUCAGGAUAACUCACUAGCAGAUGGGUUUUCCCGGGGUGGUAAAAACCAAAAAUUUCCUUUCAAAUCUCAGGCUGGAGGAGGGGAGAAGUCAAGAAAAGAAUUACUAUGCAAAGGAUUUGGGCUACGCAAAGCGGUGUACGAUUAA